GUCAGUGUUUCUCAAGGGCUUGCCUGAGCCAAGACUCUUAGGGAAGAAAAAUAGAAGAUAUGGUCUCUAUACUUCAGAAGUUUAUUCUCCUAUUUGGGAAGAUAAGAUGAACAAUUAGAAGAGCAAACAAAACAAGAUAGCUCAUAACUAAGUACUACAUUAUGUGGGUUAGAUUUAAGUAUAGUGGGCAUUGGGUUUUUGAAUGUGCCAGUAAUGUCAGAACUAUAGCAUAACCCUUCUUGUUGGUCACCUACAGACGUCACUUUAUUUGCUACAAGGCCACUAUCUUGUAGAAUUGUCAUCAAAUACUAUCUGAUUCUAUUUUAUUUUCAUUUUCAAUUGUUAGACAUUAAAUUUGUGGUCUGAAAUUGCAUUUGUGAAUUUUUAUGUCUUAUAGCUCAAAAAACAAUAAUGCUUCUAGAACUAGCAAAUGUCAGAGUUGCGAGUUGAACCAGGUGGUCUGCCUGUGGAACCAAGGCUGUUAACCAGUCUGCUCUGUUGCUUCUUGUGGCCCAUCCAGAGUCUUUUACACUGAUUAUGGGCAGGGACACUCUCUGCCAGAUGGUGAGAGAUCCUUUGGCCCCAAAUGAGUGGUGUGAGUUUGACUCUUCCAGCAGUGCGCUCGCUCCCCAUCUGUGGAAGCCAUCAUCCAAUCACAGUCUGAACACCUCGUUCAGUCACCCAUAUAUUCUUCGCUCUUGAAUUGAACACCUGGUGUCAAGCAGAGGGCUCACUGCAGAGAGCAAAGGCAAAUGAAACAUCCCUGUCCUGGGAGCCUGCUGUAGUGGGGAAGAGGGAGGUGAAUAUGCAGUCUACAUGGUUAACUAGAACUAGGAAAACUGGACAAAACUGGGCAAAAUUAGGAUAUGAAAAGAUACGUAAAUCUGAAGGUAGUUAUGUAAAUCAUGAUGAAACCUUAAGACAGGCUUGUUUUAGGUGACAUUCUAAGAAUGAAGACAAUGGAACGAGAAAAUGUCCCCCUUUAUGACCAUAUUUCAGUUUAAGUAAUAGUACAGUUGACCCUUGAAUUACGUGGGUUUGAAGUGUGCAGGUCCAUUUACACAGAUUUUUUUCAACCAAAUACAGAUAGAAAAUCUGUAUUUGCAGGAUGCAGAAUUCUCAUAUGCCAGGCUGGGGCUGACUGUGUGACUUGAGUAGGCAUGGAUUUUGGUAUACAUGAGGGUCCUGGAAUCAAUCUUCUGUGUAUACUGAGGCAUGACUAUAAUUCACUGUAUGUUUUACUUACCUGAGUUAGGUUCAAGCUCUUUCUUGGGUCUGCUGCUGUUAACCUCUAUCCUUUGAGGUUUUAGAUUACUUCCAUCAUCUGUAUAGAUAAAAUGGGAGACUAUCCACAUAGUAUUUCCUCAGGUCUACCCUCUCCUGUCUUAAAGUUUCCUCCUCAAUAGAAUUAAGCUCUAAAAUUUUACCAUCUUGUACUUGCUCUGUGUGUUUGUGUACUUGUAAGCACAUUUUACAGUUCUAAACAAGAAAUGGACUUUGCCUGGGAGUUUUAUCACUGACAUUCCUUGAAGAAAGAGAGAAAUUACAUUGUAUGUUUUCCAGACCUACCAGCAGCUCAAUGGCCUUCCCAAAGAAGAAACUUCAGGGUCUUGUGGCUGCAACCAUCACGCCAAUGACUGAGAAUGGAGAAAUCAACUUUUCAGUAAUUGGUCAGUAUGUGGAUUAUCUUGUGAAAGAACAGGGAGUGAAGAACAUUUUUGUGAAUGGCACAACGGGAGAAGGCCUGUCCCUGAGCAUCUCAGAGCGUCGCCAGGUCGCAGAGGAGUGGGUGACAAAAGGGAAGAACAAGCUGGAUCAGGUAAUAAUUCACGUAGGAGCACUGAGCUUGAAGGAGUCACAGGAACUGGCCCAACAUGCAGCAGAAAUAGGAGCUGAUGGCAUCGCUGUCAUUGCACCGUUCUUCUUCAAGCCGUGGACCAAAGAUAUCCUGAUUAAUUUCCUAAAGGAAGUGGCUGCUGCUGCCCCUGCCCUGCCAUUUUAUUACUAUCACAUUCCUGCCUUGACAGGGGUAAAGAUUCGUGCUGAGGAGUUGUUGGAUGGGAUUCUGGAUAAGAUCCCCACCUUCCAAGGGCUGAAAUUCAGUGAUACAGAUCUCUUAGACUUCGGGCAAUGUGUUGAUCAGAAUCGCCAGCAACAGUUUGCUUUCCUUUUUGGGGUGGAUGAGCAACUGUUGAGUGCUCUGGUGAUGGGAGCAACUGGAGCAGUGGGCAGUACCUAUAACUACCUGGGAAAAAAGACAAACCAGAUGUUGGAGGCUUUUGAACGAAAGGACUUCUCUUUAGCCCUGAACUAUCAGUUUUGUAUCCAGAGAUUUAUCAACUUUGUUGUCAAACUAGGUUUUGGAGUGUCACAGACCAAAGCCAUCAUGACUCUGGUCUCUGGGAUUCCAAUGGGCCCACCCCGGCUUCCACUGCAGAAAGCCUCCAGGGAGUUUACUGAUAGUGCUGAAGCUAAACUGAAGAGCCUGGAUUUCCUUUCUUUCACUGAUUUAAAGGAUGGAAACUUGGAAGCUGGUAGCUAGUGCCUCUCUAUCAAAUCAGGGUUUGCACCUUGAGAUAUAAUCUACCUUAAAUAGUGCAUUUUUUUCUCAGGGAAUUUUAGAUGAACUUGAAUAAACUCUCCUAGCAAAUGAAAUCUCACAUCAAUCAACAAGCAUUGAGGUACCUAUUGUGAGCCUUAAAAAGUCUUAUUUUGUGAAGGGGCAAAAACUCUGGGAGUCACAACUCUCAGUCAUUCAUUUCACAAAUUUUUUUGUGGAGAAAUUUCUGUUUAUAUGGAUGAAAUGGAAUCAAGAGGAAAAUUGUAAUUGAUUAAUUCCAUCUGUCUUUAGGAGCUCUCAUUAUCUCGAUGUCUGGUUCCUAAUCCUAUUUUAAAGUUGUCUAAUUUUAAACCACUAUAAUAUGUCUUCAUUUUAAUAAAUAUUCAUUUGGAAUCUAGGAAAACUGAGCUACUGCAUUUAGGCAGGCACUUUAAUACCAAACUAUAACAUGUCUCAACUAUAUACAACUUGAAAUACACCAGCUCAUUUGGCUGCUCAGUCUAACUCUAGAAUGGAUGCUUUUGAAUUCAUUUCGACGUCACCACUUUUCGCUCUUCGAAAACACUGGGUCAGGUGAGGACUUGUUUCAGUUCCUAUAACUAAGUAAACGACGGCUUUCUCAUAACAAAGGAAAAGGUCUUCCCCAAAGAUGAAUUUAAGUCUCCACUUUUUUGCUAUACAGAAAACUCAAAGUUUCAAAGAACCAAAGGGCUCUUCCUCUAGGCACCACAAACUUCCCCUUCCUCCACUGAGAAGACCGUCUCUCCCACAGGACCCUGAAUUAUUGAAAUCGAAGGCCGACUUCCUUUCUGCAGUGAGCCUGGGGGCUACUGUUAUUAUCCUGUCACACUUGCAACUAGUUACUUUUCUUUAGUGAUAGAAGAUUUGGGGAGGACCCAAAGGACUCACAACUUUUUCUCCAUACCUCCUUUUACUCUUUUCUUUCUGUGUAAUGUAUCAACAACUGUUUAAUCUCCCUUCUAACAAACCUUGAUGUAAGCUUUCUGAUAUCAAAGUAUAUUGACAGAUUUUAAACUUGACUAUCCAGUCUGUUAAUUACCUAAGAUUUUGUUUUCAUUUCAUCUCUAAUUGUUUUGAUCAUUGGCAGAGAAAGAGUAUUUGAAAUUCAUAUCAGUUUUGCUCCUUAUUUUAAUCUCUUUGAAUUAAAAAUAAAACUUCUUCAAAAUGCAAAUUUGAAAUUAUAGGUAGACUUCAAUUAUCUUUGCUAAUCCUCUCUUUAAUUAGUCAGCUAGUUAAAAGUUGUUAUAUUCAUAUAUCCUCAACCCUCUUUUUGCCUUUGUAGCUGUUAAUUUCCUGAAAGAAGAAAAUGAGUUUUUUGUUAGUUUUUGGUUCUGAGGAUGUGCUAUCCUUACUUAAUGAUACGUAAGCCAAAUUUAAAUUUUAAAAGUAAAUCUUGGGUAUCCAAUAAACAAAGAACUAUUUUUCUAUUUUUGCUUUUGUGAAGUCAAUGCUUAGAGGAUUUUUAAGAUGGUUAAUGAGCUUUUGUGAACAUAAAGAGAAAUAUGAUUUUAAAAUGAC